CAGAGGAAACCGUCGCUGCCUGUCGACGGCUCCUUCGCCUCCUAUCAAGGCAGGCUACUCGAACGUCCCACGGUUGCUGGGUCGUCCCACCCAUCUUCAAGCUCACUUCCAAACAUGGGGGAAAUCGUUUUGCCACGGCGCAUGUUCCUCUGGUGCAUGGCGGUCCUGUAUUUGAUUGCAUUUGUGUCUCUCUACAUGCAAAUACCAGGCCUCUAUGGCAACGAGGGUCUCCUCCCUGCUCGUAAGCAGCUGCGUUUCACUGGCAAGCCUCUGGGCGAGCAGCUGCUGGCCUCGCCCACCCUGCUGUGGCUGAGCCCCCACCUGGGCCUUGACACGCAGUCGGCAAUGGAGUUGCUGUGCCUCGUGGGGGCGGCGCUCAGCCUGGCCGCCACGCUGGUGUCGGCACUGCGGGACAGCGUGGUCUUCUUCUGGCUCUGGGCCUUGUACUUGUCCAUGUACCAGGUGGGGCAGGUUUUCCUCUAUUUCCAAUGGGACAACCUUCUUCUGGAGGCGGGCUUCCUCUGCAUCCUUGUGGCUCCAAUGACACUCAUUAGGGGCUCUCGAGCGGUCUACGAGCAUGACCGCAUUACAUUUUGGCUGGUCCGGUGGCUGCUCUUUCGCCUCAUGUUUGCCUCUGGAGUGGUGAAACUUACCUCACGCUGUCCUACUUGGUGGGGCUUAACCGCGAUGACCUACCACUACGAAACCCAGUGUAUUCCCACCCCGCUGGCUUGGUUUGCCCACCAGUUGCCCGUGUGGUGGCAGAAGCUGAGCGUGGUGGGCGCCUUCGUCAUCGAGAUCGCCGUACCGCUGCUUUUCUUCAGUCCUCUGCGCAGACUGCGACUCGGCGCUUUCUACUUGCAGAUUCUGCUGCAAGUGCUGAUCGUUUUGUCGGGCAACUACAACUUCUUCAACCUUCUGACCAUGGCCCUUUGUUUGUCCUUGCUGGACGACCGCCACGUACGCUCGUGGCUGCGCACGUCAGAACACGCCAAACACAAAAAGUCCAAACUGCGGUCCUGGCUGUGUAACAUUUUGGAACUCACUGUCUUGUCUCUGAUUAUCUUUGGUGCAAUCGUGUGUUUUGACCUGAAAGUAGACACGACAGCAAGAGCCAUCACUUCCAAAAUGGCAUUCACCUUCCACCACUUUAGCCACUUUCUGAAGAGUGUCACAUACCCAUGCGUGUGGAUCGGUGUUCUCUCCCUCACUUGGGAGAUUCUUGGAGCCAUGUACAGGUGUGCGUGUGUCUCUGGUUUUCUGAGGAGGUUGUGGUCUACUCUCCAAUGGACGGCAUUUGCUGCUGCUGCGGCCACCAUGUUCACCAUCAGCCUGAUGCCUUUCACCUACAUAGAAUAUGACUCAAAUUCCAAACUGUGGCCCGGCGUGCGUCAAGUCUACAAUCUUGUGGAUAACUACCAGCUGGUUAACUCGUAUGGGUUGUUCCGAAGGAUGACUGGCGUGGGUGGGCGGCCCGAGGUCGUCAUAGAGGGAAGUCACGACGGCGUCACCUGGACGGUGAGAGGUUUAAAGUGUCCUAUAUAGGGAGGUUGGCAUUUUCCAAUGCUGUUUACGUAAGUUUCACUUGUUAUCCGCUGUUAGCUCAUUAUGCCCUUAAAUGUGUCCCUCACAACAUGGAUGGACAAAGUGCUUUGUUUGUCUUAAUUCUGCAAAAUACAUUCAUCUUAUGAAAACAUAAUGGUAGUAAUAGGUCUCCCAUCUUAUUUUGAUCCAGGACAUUCUAGUUUUGAGUAAGCAAUGACAU